GUUCAGAGCGUUCGCUACGUCUUCGGAGAGAAAACUACAUUUCCCAGGAGGCACCGCGAAGCAACGCCCGUACUCUAUUUCCCAGAGUUCCCGGAGAUCGGCCGAGUCGGACUGCCUCUCCUCAGGAGCUAGACUUCGGAGCCAAGAUGGCGACGGGGACGGGCAAACACAAGCUGCUGAGUACUGGCCCCACAGAGCCAUGGUCCAUCCGAGAGAAGCUGUGUUUAGCAUCUUCUGUCAUGAGGAGUGGAGAUCAAAAUUGGGUAUCAGUUAGCAGAGCAAUCAAGCCCUUCGCAGAACCUGGACGUCCUCCAGACUGGUUUUCCCAAAAACAUUGUGCUUCUCAGUAUUCAGAGCUUCUGGAGACCACUGAAACUCCAAAACGGAAACGGGGUGAGAAGGGAGAAGUGGUAGAAACUGUUGAAGAUGUGAUUGUUCGGAAACUGACGGCUGAGCGAGUAGAGGAGCUAAAGAAAGUGAUAAAGGAAACCCAGGAGAGAUAUAGAAGGCUAAAAAGAGAUGCAGAACUAAUUCAAGCUGGACACAUGGAUAGCAGACUGGAUGAGCUUUGCAAUGACAUUGCAAUGAAAAAGAAAUUGGAGGAAGAAGAGGCUGAAGUAAAAAGGAAAGCUACAGAUGCUGCAUAUCAGGCCCGUCAAGCAGUAAAAACACCCCCUCGGAGGUUACCCACUGUGAUGGUCCGCUCUCCUAUAGAUUCUGCCUCCCCUGGAGGUGAUUAUCCACUUGGGGACUUGACUCCGGCUACUAUGGAAGAGGCCACCUCUGGGGUAACCCCUGGGACUUUGCCGAAUACCCCAGUCACCUCGUUUCCUGGGAUUCCUGACACCCUUCCUCCAGGCUCUGCACCCUUAGAAGCCCCCAUGACCCCAGUAACAGAUGAUUCACCCCAGAAAAAGAUGCUUGGACAGAAAGCAACUCCACCCCCCUCCCCUCUGCUGUCAGAGCUCUUGAAGAAGGGCAGCCUCCUGCCUACUAGCCCCAGACUGGUCAAUGAGAGUGAAAUGGCUGUGGCUUCUGGCCACCUGAACAGUACAGGUGUUCUCCUGGAGGUAGGCGGGGUCCUUCCCAUGAUACAUGGUGGGGAGAUACAGCAAACACCCAAUACUGUUGCAGCCUCCCCUGCUGCCUCAGGUGCUCCCACUCUUUCCCGGCUUUUAGAAGCUGGUCCUACACAGUUUACCACACCUCUUGCUUCCUUCACUACUGUUGCCAGUGAGCCUCCAGUUAAACUUGUGCCACCCCCUGUAGAGUCUGUGUCCCAGGCUACCAUUGUCAUGAUGCCUGCGCUGCCAGCACCGUCCUCUGCUCCGGCUGUCUCCACUCCUGAAAGUGUAGCUCCAGUGAGUCAGCCUGAUGCCUGUGUUCCUAUGGAGACUGUGGGAGAUCCACAUACAGUGACUGUUUCCAUGGAUAGCAGUGAAAUCUCCAUGAUUAUUAAUUCUAUCAAAGAAGAGUGUUUCCGAUCAGGGGUAGCAGAGGCCCCUGGAGGAUCAAAACCUCCCAGCAUAGAUGGGAAGGAAGAUUUAGAUCUGGCUGAGAAGAUGGAUAUUGCUGUGUCUUACACAGGUGAAGAGCUGGACUUUGAAACUGUUGGAGACAUCAUUGCCAUCAUUGAGGACAAGGUAGAUGAUCACCCUGAAGUGCUGGAUGUGGCAGCAGUGGAAGCAGCACUAUCAUUCUGUGAAGAGAAUGAUGAUCCCCAGUCCCUGCCUGGCCCCUGGGAGCAUCCUAUCCAGCAGGAGCGGGAAAAGCCAGUACCUCUCCCUGCACCCGAAUUGAUGGUUAAGCAAGAGAGAUUGGACUUUGAGGAAACAGAAAACAAGGGGAUCCAUGAACUGGUGGACAUGAGGGAACCCAGUGUUGAGAUCAAGGUGGAACCUGCAGAAACAGAGCCAGGCAUUUCGGGGCCUGAAAUGGUAGCUGGAGUUGUCCCAGCCACAAGUAUGGAACCACCUGAACUCAGGAGUCAGGACUUAGAUGAAGAACCCAGAAGUAUUGCAACUGGAGAGAUCUCUGAAGCAGAUGUUUCCAGUGGGAAAGGCGAUGAGACCACACUUACAACUGUGAAGACAGAGGCAUCCCCUGAGAGCAUGUUAUCUCCCUCACAUGGCUCAAAUCCCAUUGAAGAUCCUUUAGAGACAGAGACUCAACACAAAUUUGAAAUGUCAGACUCAUUGAAAGAAGAAUCAGGGGCUAUUUUUGGAAGCCAGAUAAAGGAUGCCCCAGGUGAGGAUGAGGAAGAAGAUGGGGUCAGUGAAGCAGCCAGCCUAGAGGAGCCUAAGGAAGAAGAUCAAGGAGAAGGCUAUUUGUCAGAAAUGGAUAAUGAACCCCCUGUGAGCGAGAGUGAUGAUGGCUUUAGCAUACACAAUGCUACACUGCAGUCACAUACACUGGCCGACUCCAUCCCCAGCAGCCCUGCUUCUUCACAGUUUUCUGUCUGUAGUGAGGAUCAAGAAGCUAUUCAGGCACAGAAAAUAUGGAAGAAAGCCAUCAUGCUUGUGUGGAGAGCGGCAGCUAAUCAUAGAUAUGCGAAUGUCUUCUUACAGCCUGUUACAGAUGACAUAGCACCUGGUUAUCACAGCAUUGUACAGAGGCCUAUGGAUUUAUCAACUAUUAAGAAAAACAUUGAAAAUGGACUGAUUCGCAGCACAGCUGAAUUUCAGCGUGACAUUAUGCUGAUGUUUCAGAAUGCUGUGAUGUACAAUAGCUCAGACCACGAUGUCUAUCACAUGGCAGUGGAGAUGCAGCGAGAUGUAUUGGAACAGAUCCAGCAAUUCUUGGCCACACAGUUGAUUAUGCAAACAUCAGAGUCUGGUAUCAGUGCUAAAAGUCUUCGAGGGAGAGAUUCUACCCGCAAACAGGAUUCUUCAGAGAAGGACAGUGUCCCCAUGGGCUCUCCUGCCUUCCUUCUCUCUCUCUUUGUAAGUAUUGAAUGGCUGCAAAGGGUGGUGUUGCCAGAAAGUUUCAGCUCCUUCUGGGGAUGAGUGACAGAGGGAAAUCCAAUACUCAGACUGUUGCAAUGUCUUGAACUUUUGUUUAUUCGGGUCAUUGAAUAAGAAAAUGUCUUGUCUUCUGCAUUCCUGUCUUUGUGCAUGUGGGGGCGGUUAGGGCAAGGGGAUGCUGGGUAGAGAUCGUUUAUGAGAUCACUGGGCUGAAAUGAGGUAUUCUGGGGAUAAAGUAUCUAGGAUGCAUCUGCUCCUCAUUUCUUUACUACAUCUUUUAUCAGUUCUUUUCUUACAAAUGGGUUUUGCAAAACAGCAGCUGAUACCUGGCUUUGUACUGGUACUGGCAGAUACUUGGCACAUAGUUUUUCUCUUUUCUCCUAAAAUUAAAUUGCAAGACUAAUAUCUGGUACACAAACAAUAUAAGUAAAUUAUAAGUUAAAUAUUUCAGUAACAAUGACAACUGUAUACUGUAGUGACUGAUGGAAUUACUUGUAAGCUUAGUAGAACUAGCCUAAAGAAUUUUAUUCUUUUUCUCCAUGAAUUAAAAAGUUCUGACUCUGUUUAUUCAUUAUGGGGCAAUGAGCAUGAUGUAAUGGAAGAGGGGCAUCAGGCUAGAAAACUGUAUGGUCUUAAGCUACUCAGAUAAUUUUGGGGGGCCUUAUUUUUCUCUUAUGUGUGAUGGAGCUCAUGUAACGAGGUACCUGUCCAGGCUACCUCACAGGGGUGUUGUGAGGAUCAAAUGAGAUAAUAGGUAUGGAACUGGCUUGGAAAAAAAAAAAAAGAAGAAGAAUGUUACGUAAAUGCAAGGUGGUAUUUUGAUUCUUGCUGUUGCCACAUAUGCAACUUAAGUUCACAAACUCUAAAAAUGUAAGAGUCCUUGCAUAUUAGAAAUGUUAAAAUGGUCUGGCCCAACAAAGUGUUCACUAGUUCAUCUUGCCUGCAGGCCUCUCAGCCUGUACAACAUACAGAACACUAUAAUCUCCGUUUGCUCUUAUUGGCCUGCGACAGUGACUCUGGAUCCCCAAGCAAUUGGCUGGCUAUUGCAAGGCUGGUUAAUAGGAUCUUUUAUCUGAUGAAGACAGCAAAGUAUUGCACAAGAGGAAGGAGCUGGGCUGCAGGGAGAGAACAGCAAAUGGAAAGAAGCCUUCUGAUUGUCCUGAUGUCAUGGAAAACAACUGUCAGGAGGUGCUAGGGAACUAGUGCCAGGGUCAGUCUGCAGGAAAGGCCUUUCUUAUAGGGACCAGCAGCUGGACAGGUAUGUUAGCCCAGAACCUCACUAUCCACCGCCCUUUUACUUUCCCACCUUUCUUUCAGUCUUCCUUUCCUUUACACAUGAUUUGGACCUGGGUGGGAUGACUAUUCAUCACUCUGUGGGACCCCAGGUGAAUUUCAAGGACUGUGUGGUGGGCAAGAGCAGGAUACUGUCCUACAUUUCUUCUUAAAAACUACCACGUGUUCUUUAGCCACUCUCUGGGAAGACAGAAAUACACCCCUCAUAACUCUGGAUUUUUCUGCUGAUUCUUUCCCUUUUACCCCCAAGAAAUCAAAUCCCCAACCUUGUUGUACUUUGUCAGCGGCUAACCAGCUCACUCAUUUUCACUCAUGCUCCAUUUCUUUUUCUGUUGUCAUGUAGGAUGGAGGAACCAGGGGACGCCGCUGUGCCAUUGAAGCAGAUAUGAAGAUGAAAAAGUAAAGCCUGAAAGUAUCCUCUUUGAGCUGACUCUGAAAUAGAAGUAAACAAGAUAAAGCUUGGGCUUGCAGGCCCAGUUCCAGAAGUGGAAGUUACAGAAGAGGAGUGCCUGGGCCACAUGACAUAAGCUGGGAAAAUCUCUCUCAGAGAGUUGAAGUAGCACAAUUGUCUGUUUUAGGGCAAAAAUCAUGGGCUGUGUUAAUGUCCUAAUGUGUAGCUAACAGAUUGUAGCUAGUUUGUACUGUCUGUGAAGUGUACAGAUUUUUUUAAAAUAAACCUGUGAAGUGUAUGUGUAUACAAUAAAUGUAAAAGAAAAAAUGCUA